CUCAUUCUCUAGAAGAUGGCGGACGGUGCAUCACUGCUGGAUGAGGAGCUCUCUUCCUUUGUCUUCAAUUACUUGACAGAAAGCUCCGGGAGCCAGAACGGGGAAGGAGAGGUCAGUUCGGAUCGCCUGGAUGUGGACUUCUCCGACAUUGACCUUUCUCAGCUGGACGCUGGCGACUUCGACUCUGUCAGCUGCCUCAACGAGCUGCACUGGUACAACGACCAAUCAGAUGGCUCCCCCGCCUCCACCCAGUACAGCACCGGGGACCCAGAGUUCUUUGAGAUCGAAGAGGAAAAUGCAGCCCUGCUGGCUGCACUCACAGACAGCCUGGACGAGGUGGGGGGGCUGGGUGUGUUCCCCUCACUGGGGGAGGGGCUUGAGGAGGAGGAGGAGGAGGAGGAAGACCUCCCCCAAGACAAUGAGCCCUUCCCAGGCUCCUUGAGCCCAGAGACAGAAGAUCCGUCUCUACUAAAAAAGCUCCUUCUGUCCCCCCCAAUUGUGCCAGUGGGCUCUGAAGCACUAAAAGGGGGUGCACUUUACCAUGGCAACAAGAGCCAGCAUCUCAAGCCCCUGAGACAGCUGGCUAAGGGCGACGUCCGGGAGAGGAGGCCCCGGCCCCCGCGGCCGGCGGGCCGCCCCUGUUCCGAGCUGCACCGACACCUGAUCACACCGCAGCAGGUGGACGAUGCGGCCUCGGCCGACACAGAGGAGGACAGCGAGUCCGACCUCGAGCAGGAGGACCAGGACGAGUCGUCGUCGGGCAGCGAGGCCGAAGCUGCGCCUCCUCCGAGGCGCGGGAAGUCGCAGUUUUCCUCAGAGAAGGAGCUGCGUGGGGUCGUGGAGCUCAUCACGUACAUGCACACGUACUGCCUGCCCAGCCGCAAACACGGCGCCGGGGUCCGGCCCGAGUGCCCCCAGAGCUGGUCGUCUGCAGCCUGCCCCAAACCGCCCGCCUUGGCGGCCCCUGGCUCCUGCCCACGAGUGCCCUUGGCGCGUCCACGGGAAUUCAGGCGGCACUCGCUGCUCCGGGAGCUCUUGGAGGCUGUCAAGACGUUUGACGUGAGCAAGCCUUACAGACUACAGAGCCCGCCGUACUCCCAUGGCAGGCCCAUGGCCCCAGACAGGAAGGCAGGGGGAGCGCCCCAAAUCGAGCUCAAGGACUCUGGGGCCCCCGAGGCCACAGCGGGGCAGCAGUCCUCCUCAGGGGACACCUCCUUCUCCGUCAGGCGCUCUCGCCGCCUUGCCUCCUUCCCCAGCCGCUUCGCCAGGAAGUCCCAGGUGGGGUCCGGCCGCCCACGGGCGGAGUCCGCUUCCGGGCGGUGCUGUGAGGAGGUGGGCCCGGCUAAGCUUCGCUGCACCCAGCUCCCUGCCAAAGAGACGCCGUCUGGGGGUGGAUCCUGCAAGGCUGUGGCCCCGAGGGCGACUCAGCUCGACUCGCCGUGCAGCCAGAACGAGAAACGGUCCCAGCUGUGCCUGCCGCUGGCCCCCAAAUCCACAGGAGAGCCACAGUACCCCAGCAAACCUUUCGAGCAGACCCUCAGCGUGGAGCUGUGUGGGACCGCAGGCCUCACGCCCCCUACCACCCCUCCACAUAAGUCUGUGGAGGACGAGCCCUUCAGGCCGGAGGGCCGUGCAGAGGGGCCGCCACGUGGGUCCUGGCUGUCCAGGCCACACCCCCGGAAGCUCCUGGAGCAGACGGAGCUGUAUGCCCAGCUGCGAGGGAUUAGCCAGCCGGAUGCAGAGGGACAGGCACAGGGGCCCGUCCACUGUACAUUUGGGGACCACGACUACUGCUUACAAGGGCUGGCAGGGAAAGAGGGCGGGGCUCGGGGGCGGCCCUGUGGCAGGCAGCUCCGACCCGAAGACCCGCUUACCUCCAACGCCCUGGGCAGCCACAGGGGGGAGGGGGAACUGCCCCACUCACCCCAGAACACUGAAGGGAGCUCGACCUGCCCCAGCCCGGACCGCUGCUGCCCCCCCGACUCCCCUGGCCAGCUGAGCUUCAGCCACGAGGACUCAGAGACGGGUCCCGGAGAUGAGCAGAGCAGCCAGGCUUUCGACGAUUGCCAGGUGUUCUACAUCCACAACCUGCCUUGCGGCGUCACCCGGGCGAUGCUGUGCGAGCGGUUCGAAGCGCUGGGGGAGCCUCGGGACUGCAAGAUCAUCGUCAAGGACAAGGAGAGGUGCGGUGUGGUCACUUUCCGUCAGCCCCCAGGGGGCUCCGAGCAGAGACAUAGGUGGGAGCUUCAGCCCCGGAAUGGAUCACCACGGAAGUUCAGCAGGAAGCGCUACAUCGAUCUAGAUGAAGCGGGACCUGGGCCAGUGAAGAGUAAGUACGACGCGCUGGACUUCGACACCCUCCUGAAGGAGGCGCAGAGGAGCCUGCAUCGCUGACACGCCUUAAAGCCCCACCCUUAAGACUGGCGCCAGGACGUCAGUCAGGGCACCACCUAAUGUUUACAUUUUUAACAUCGGAACCAGAAGCGGACCAUCACCUCCUUCGCGUGGGGGUCUGAGAAGGGCAGACUCAAGGAGGGGGGGGUGGGUGGGGGGGUUGGGGAAAAAGCCUAAAAACCUAAAGUACUCUGAACUGCAGAAAGCUGCUUUCUGUGUCUGAGUGUGAUCGCACCCCGGUGGCGAGCCGCCCCGCCCUCCCAUUGGUCGUCGUGCCGUGCGUGUGUGUGCGUGUCGUCCUGUCUGUAACCCCGUAGUCAGUACUGGUGGAGCCGCAAGCCUCAUUCGCCAUCUAGUCGUCGUCGUCAUGUGUGGGGAAAUUUUAGAGGAGGGGGGGAAAAAAAUAUACGCUUUACAUGGCAAGCCGUGGGUGUAAAACUGUGUUUCACAAGAAAAGAAAAAAAAAAAAAGACAAUUUAGAGUUUACAGUUUAAAAGAUGAAAAAAGCCCUCGUUUUGUAAACUUAGCGCUUCCUUGAUUUCAUCUAUGCACUUGUCCUGAGGUGAUGGUUUUCUUGCUCUAGAUCUUCUGCCAUUGACCCCCACCCCUUACUGAGCCCCCUUACUCCCUGCGUAAAGAUGACAGACUGGAGUUCCGGUGAUGGUCCCCUGACUGCUCUUUUCGGGAUGGACUGUUACAUCCCACAGAAAUGGCAAUUAAAAUGUGCCCCAUUUUCACAGCAAUUAAAAACAUGACCAGUUUUUAAGCAAUUAUCAUGAUUUUUUUUUUUUUUUUUGUUCCGACUUUUUUGCCGUUUUUGAUGUUCGUUUCUUAGCACUUAACGCAAUAACGAUGACAGUCCCAGUAGGCGACUUCCUCAAAGUGUGUUCAUUGAGGUUUUCACUGUAGCACAGUGUUGGGGAGCUCAGGGCUCAACGCUGGUGUUUUUGUUGUCUGGAGACCCUAUUAAUGACAAGUAUUAAAAGCAUCAUCUGUUGUCCAAAGAAGCACUUAACCCCCGUCACCCGAACAUGACACCUGUCAUCUUUACACUCACGGGACCUACACUACCAGUCAAAUGCUUUUUCACACCACAGGUUGUUACUGCUUUUCCAUUUAUUUCAUAAACUGCAGAUUCUUUUUAUUCUUCUUAAGAACUGGAAAGUUGAGUGAACAACUGUAAAUGAAAAUAUAAGUCAAAACAAGUUUCCUUUAUUUCAUAGAAAGAGUGUGUAACAGUGCAUGUCUGACGCCCUAUUAGCUGGUUGUGUGGUGAUGGCAUAGUCAGGUUCCAGGAUGUCCUUUAACUUUAAUUGCACUAGUUAACCGUUUCAUUCCAUGAAAAAGAGCCGUAUUUAAUGUCCCUUGUAGAAAGAAUGCCUUAAAUUUUCUCUGCUGUUAUAACUGCUAGAGGAGGUUACUUUGAUGAAUCAAAGAUGGAACAUUUUCUUGCUAAUAAAGGGACUCAAAUGGUGAACAUACUGCAAAAUCUAUUUGUUAGCGAAGAAUAUCGAGUGUAUUUUUAGUAAAUGUUAAGUGAGUAACCUGCAAAUGUAGAAAAUCUGUGUGUGUAAAAAGAACUUUUGGCUGGUAGUAUAGUGUUCUACGUCCCAUAGCCCCCCCCCCCCCCCCAGUCACUAAUAGUCCCUUGCAGCCUCGCUGAGCGGGUCGGCCACAUGGUGGCAAGCUGGGAGCGUCGGAAUGUUCUAGAAGUCUCGUUCCUAGAGGAAACGGAGGGGUAUCUACCUCGUUGUUCUCGCUCUCUUUUACCUCCUCUCUCUCUCUCUCUCUAAAGUUUUUCUUUUUCUCUGUGGGCUCGAAGCAUUUGCCUCAUUGAUAAACUCUAAUCUUUGCGUCUGAUUUUGACACUUGUCUGGGCGUGUUGUUCUUGUGUUGUGGUGUGUCAGUCACUGCUGUUGCCGGGGGUCCGGGGAGUGGGGGGUUAAGCCUUGUUCUCCCCCCACCCUUUGUUAAUCUUCAAUCCUGUGGGCCCCGGUAGGAUGCAGUUUGACUCUGUGGGGGGGGGGGGGGGGGGGGGGCUGUCACGGCAGGACCCCCUCUUUCCACUUUCUACAACUUCUCUUCCUUAACACACGUGAAUCGAAUGUUUACAUCACAGCGCCCCCCCUACGUGCUAGAACGCACGUUAAGCACACAGCGCCACGUUUGGCGGCACGAAAAACCUCUCGGCCUGGGCACCCUGGCUUCGUGGGCAAACCACCGGCCGCAACGUAAAGUGUGCCCUCUACUGGUGCCACCCAGGAGAAACGCAGCGUCGUUCCUCCUACUGCGCCUAACGGGUGUUUGUGUUUAACGUGCGGACUAGUUAACGGCAGGUGGACGUGCAGGUUUACAUGAUUUAACCUUGUUCUAACGGCUUAUAAGAUGUCUAAGGAGAUCCACACUGGGAUUCAUUGUGGCCGUGAGUUUGGCAGCCAGUCCCCGGCGAGGGGGUGGGUCACUCACUGUUCAUCUGGGGACUGCAGAGAUGGCAAUGGGCAGGAGGGAGAUGCUUUAAGGGAAUACUUGGGGGGGUGGUACCCUAUAUCAAUGGGAGAUUUUUAAAUGAGUUUAAUGUUUUUUGAUUUUUUUAACAGUACAGAUGCAAUAUGUGAUAUAUAUAUAUAUGUAUGUAUGUACGUAUUACAGGUCAGCCUUUCCAGCCGGUGGGAGGCGAGAAGCUUGUUCAGACAUUCUAUAACAGGAUGGUUCUUGAUUGUAUUAGUAACAGACUAAAGCGGGUAAAUAUCACGCAUGAAUCAGUGCGGUGUUUCGUCCAUUCCCACAAUGCAACUGGGCGUCCCACAAAGUCAGGGCCUGUGUGCCUGCUGCGUUUAUACGGCUUCCGCUUGGUUAGAAUGGCAUCGACUCCUGUUGGUUUGCCGGGAUCCAGAACGGCCUCUUGCUAAACUCCCAGCAGCUCCUCCCGCAGAUCAGGAGGAGGAGAAGCGGGUGGCCAGAUUCGAGCCUAUUUCAGGUCGUUGGACUGGUUUGUUGCCAGGGGUUACUAUUGUGCUGGUGGCUAGAUACAGAUAAACAGUUAAGUAUCUCACAAGGAGAGCCUUAAAGCUACAGGGGGAAUAAAGCUGUCGGUAGCUUUUAAUAAUACAGUUAAAUGUCCUUUAAAAUGCUACGUGUUUUAUUAAUUACUGAAGUAAUUUUCAAUACAGCCAUAUUAUAAACAGUAUAUACAUAUAUAGCUAUAUUUGUGUGUGUGUGUAGAUAGAUGUAUAGAUGAGUAUAUAAUUUCAUAUAGAAAUCUUUGACCAUUUCCUCCAGUGUUCUGAGCACUUUUCAGCAAAUUUUAAUGACUAACUAAAGUGUUGGGUGGGGGAAUCCAAACCUGAACACUUCCAAAGGGAGCCAGACUCUUUAGAUCAGUGUUUCUCAGUCCGGUCCUCGGAGACCCAGAGAUGGUCCACAUUUUUGCUCCCUCCCAACGUCUUGCGAGAGGGAGCAAAAACAUGGACUGCCUGCGGAACCCCGAGGACUGGAUUGCGAAACGCUGCUUUAAGUAAUGAUUAAAAAGGUGUCCAUGCUUUUCACUUCAAAACGGUUGUUUACCAAAAAAAACGCGGAUCUGGGCUGCCCCACCGGAGCAGUUUACACGUGUCAGACUGUUUGGCUUUCGGUUUCCAUCCAGUUCCAGUGAUCCGAAUCGGGCCCCCAGUUGAUGGGCUUGGUUCAGUUUUCCCAACCGUCUCCACUGUGCUGACACUGUAGACUCCUCCCUGUAGAUCAGAGCAGCUUUUUCGAACGUUAAGCGUUCUGGUACGCGACCGGCCUCCAGCGGAGUCACGCUUUCGUUGACGCGACGUCGGCACUUAAUCAUGCUGUCCUGUGCGCUCACACGUCCUCUAGGACUUGCUAUGGAAGGGCAGGCGUCCGAUUGUGUUUUCCACUGAUCAUAUCUAAUAUCCACAAAUCAUUGCCCGGACUUUUUUUUUCCCUUUUUUUUUUUUUUUUUUUUAAGAAACUUUGUUUUGUUAUAAAGUAUUUGGCUAGUGAGAUUUUAUAUUUUUUACAUACAUUGGUUUAUUUUGCUUUUUAUUUAUAUGCUGUUUAGUUUGGAUCCUCCUCUGUUGUGUGAUUUCAUGUCUUGAGAAUGUGGAGACAAAGCUUUUCUGUAUUUUUGAAUUGUUAAAAUCUAGUUUCAUAGAUAAUUUUACCAAAAUAGCUGAAAUUAUCUGAUGUUAUAAAUUAUAUUUUAAUUCAUGUAAAUAGUUUUAAAAAGACUAUGGCUUCCUUUUAAACUGAAUAUGUUUCUCUUGAGAAAUUGUUUACAUUAUUAAAGUAUAGAGAUGUUCCUCAUUUACUGUAAAAUAAGUACAUAUAUUCAUUGAUUUGCCUUCAGAGAAUAAACAUCCUAAUGAACAACCAGA